AUGGCGAACAACAGUGCUAACAGUUUUUCUACAUGUCAAACAUCUUACGAAUCAAAAGCGAAUUUAAACGAAUUGCAGAGAAACAUCUUGAUCUCCCUCAACAUACCUUUGGCAAUUUGUAAUUUCUUCGCAAACCUUGCCAUCGUGUAUGGUUUAAUAGCAACCAAGCAGUUAAAGAACACAUCCCUGAAAUUAAUAUUUUGCCUCAGUGUAUCAGAUUGUUGUGUGGCCUCCAUUACCCAAACAUGUUUUACGGUGAUGAUAAUGAGAUAUUCUAAUGAAACGCAUUGCAUUUUUGAAACUGUGGCGCAAUUCUUGGCUUUAUUUUUUACGCAUAUUUCCGCCUACAUCAUAGCGCUUAUCGGUCUGGAUCGAUUUGUCCGAAUGAAAUUCCUUAAUCACCAUUCCAGUAUGAUUGCCAAGUCGAAAUUAAUACAUCUUUUAACGCUUGUGAUUGGUGUAGCUUUUAGUCAAGCAAUUCUAUAUGUUUUCGGUACAAAACUUCAUUUUUUUAAAACCGCCAAAAUGGUGUCCGUUGGGAUUGAUAUUUGCUUAGCAGUGUCUAUACUUAUCAUCCAUAUUUUUACGCUCAAGGCUGUGCGACAGAGACGAAAAGAAACAACGCAUAGCCAUUUACUACGUCACGUGGAUAAAACAAUGACUCGCAUCAUAUCGCGUAUGUUUCUAUCCAUCGCAGUGUUUUAUGUGUCGUAUGCGAUUACGUCCGUCUUGCAUGCUACUUUAAAGAAUAAAAUACAGGGAAAUAGAAAACGCUGGCUAGAUUUUUGUCAACUUUUUGGAUAUUUGCUUUCCUAUUGCAACUCUUUUGUAAAUGCUGUUAUAUUUUUGUUAGCAAAUGCCAAAGUUCGGAAAUACUUAGCACGCUUUAAAAUGUGGCAUGCUUUUAAAAAGAAGGAAGCUGAUUGCUUACAUAUCCAAGAGAGUGUAGAAACGUCGAUAUAA